UUCGGUGCACAAACGCGUUAUUGCGGAUGGUGUCGGGCUGUUGGGAUUUUAUCUGAAGAAACGGAAUUUACAUCAGAUUAUUUAUGUCUAACCAGGAGGCAUGGAGCGCCCAGCAUGUAUUUUGGAGGAGUUGAAGCAGUUUGUCGUAAGCGAAGCUCCGCCCACAGCGUAUUGUGUUCCAGAUUUCAUAUCUGAGGAUGAGGAGUCGUAUCUCCUCCAGCAGGUCUACAGGUCUCCAAAGACUAAGUGGACUCAGUUGUCUGGCCGGAGGCUCCAGAACUGGGGAGGGUUACCACACCCCAAAGGCAUGCUGGGAGAGCGGCUUCCCGAUUGGCUCCAGACGUACUGUGAGAAGAUUUCGUCUCUGGGCGCGUUCAGUGGGAAAACGGCCAAUCACGUGCUGGUGAAUGAGUAUAAACCAGGAGAGGGGAUCAUGCCCCACGAGGAUGGGCCGCUGUACCACCCCACCGUCACCACCAUCAGCCUGGGCUCUCACACCCUGCUGGACUUCUAUACGCCGCUCAGCAGCACUGAGGGCGCCGCACCGCAGACAGCGGAGAGCCGCUUCCUGUUCUCGCUUCUGGUGAGGCCACGAAGCCUUCUCAUCUUGCAGGAUGAAAUGUACCAGCGCCUCCUUCACGGCAUCCAGGGGCGCGAGCAGGACACGCUGACCGAGAAGGUGGUGAACCUGUCUGCCGCCGGGGCGCAACCGGGUGAGGAGCUGAACCGAGGCACCAGGGACGAUACCGGGAAAUCAGAGCCGCCGAUGAAGCGCUGGAAAAGCUCGCCGUGUGAUGUCGACUCCUGGGUCGCCCUUCCAGUCCUGUCAGAUGAGCAGUCGCAGGAUGUCGAGCUGGUGGAGGUGUACGCUGCGCCCAUCCUCGACAAGAAGGAGACGUCUCGGCUCGUCAGGGAAUUGAACAGCCUCUGCCCGCUGAGCAGCCUUCAGCACGUCAAGAGGGUGCGGCCGUGCAGGGAGAGACCCCACCCCCUGGAAGUCCUUGUGUGCCUCGUCAGUGAUGUGCCACAAAUGCAGGUGGUUAGCAUUGACUCUCUGCUGCCCUCAGGUGGAGUAAAUUGCAACGGGUUGGGCGAGCCUUUUGUGGUUAAGGUUCCCGCUCGUGCCCCUUUGACCCGACCCCAGUUUGAGUUAGCGAGCCAACACUGGCCCACGUCCUUUCACGAGGACAAGCAGGUGACAGUCGCCCUGAGAGGAGAGCUCUUCUGCCGCCAUCAGAAGGAAAGGAUACACGCCUACAUGGCGUCCGCUGUGACUGCAGCCAGAGAAGGAUGCGUGGCGGGGAUGGAGGCCAUCGGGGCUGUGGUGGUCGACCCAAAGACGGAGAGGAUCAUUGCAGUCGGCCACGACUGCAGACGCAAGCACCCUCUUCAUCACGCUGUCAUGGUCGUCAUCGACCUUGUAGCUCGGAGUCAGGGCGGUGGGUUUUAUGGUUUUGACAGUUACCCCGCCUGCAGGUUUACUUCAGCGAGCUCAGUUCAAACGGAGGCCCAGACAGAGAACGGCACUCAGCCGUACAUUUGCACUGGGUACGACCUUUACGUGACGAGGGAACCUUGUGUGAUGUGUGCCAUGGCCCUCGUUCACUCUCGGAUCGGUAGGGUUUUCUACGGAGUCACUUCAGCUGACGGGGCGUUAGGGUCAAAGUUCAAAAUCCACACUCAGAAAGAUCUGAACCAUCGAUUCGAGGUGUACAGAGGAGUUCUAAGCAGGGAGUGUGAGGAUCUUCACAGCACAGAUGACCACAUCAAAAAGGACAGAGGAGAAUGAAGCCAACUGUUUAUUACACCUUGGAAAUGAAUUUAAAACUCAGACAUGAAAGAGAAGCCAGCUACAUUUUCUCUAAUGGCCUGCAGGGGGCAGCGACUCGUCGGACUCUGUAAGACUUCUGAUCUUGUAGAAGUCUAUGAGAAGACAGCCAUGUCUCCCUUUGGUUUUUGGCCUCCGAAAACAUGUUCCUGAUGAGUUAAAUCAAACAUUCAGUCCAGUUAAAUUAUGAUCAUGACUGGAGUCAGAAAUGAGGAUUAAUUAGGACAUGCUCGUUAUAUAAAUACCUGUUAAUCACAAGUCUGUAAAAUGUUGUUGCAAAGCUUGUUUUAUUUUUUAAGCUGAGAUAAACUUCAACAUCUACUGAGUUCAUUAUGCUUUUGUAUCAGAGAUCCAGUGAGAAUUUUUUUCAUUUUUUUAUCCAAACCCAGAUAAGCAACUUCUGUAUUUGUCUCCAUCUAGUGGUCAAUUAGAUUUACUGCAAAGCGGUUCAAUCCUUUCCCUUCAAAGCAUAUCAGAACAUCAGCUCUGCUUUCGCCUGGAAGCUUCUUCCCACAGCUGCCCACACUGAGAGAGCUCUAGAGAUUUUAUUAUGCCACAAAACCACUACCUACAGCAGUUAUUUAAAUUGAAACACCCAAUGCAGCUCUUUAGAGAUCAAGAUGUGGAUGUUAGAUUUUCCUCAAUUCUCCCUCAAAAUUUAAUCAUACAUGUAUUUAAAAAGCAGGAAAGACCUCAUAAGGAAACACAAUAAAGGCUAAAAGAAACAAAAUUCAACAGCUAAAUGUAUUUUUUUUUUAAAAACAAAAAUGGUAAACAAUGCCCCCUGGUGGUUGAAUAUUUAGCUACAUUUUGCAGAAAGUGGUUACUGAAAGUACCUUUAAUGUGUCUGAGCCGGAGUGGAAACGUAUAGAGAGAGGAUGUACAUAUACCUACAGCCAAUUAACCCUCAAAUGGAUGUCUUUGGACUGUGGGAGGUGCACUACAGAUUUAUGACAUUGAUCAGUAAUUGAAUCAUUGAGUCAAAACUUAGGUUAAACCAGUGUGCUGAUUUAUUUACCAACUUAUUAUGACGUGGAAUGCUUUCAUACACAAAAUGAGCUGAUAUUCUUCCUACAAAUACAAAAUACAAAACAGAAAUCCUGAAAACUGAGUGACCUUAUUCUACAUCCUCGCUGGUGUUUCCGGCCUCCAUUGUGGCGACAUCAGCUUCAGUGUCUUUUUCGGGCUCUGGCUGCUCUGAAGGUUCGGGCUGAGAUUCCUCCAUUGGCUCCUCUACUGGUUCUGGUUCAGGUAUCGGGGUCUCAGCCUCCGACUCCACCUGGAGAAAAUCAAAAGCAUUAAACAACUACCUACAAAUGGCAUGCAGGGCCCUAAGAGUCCAGCCACAGCAAAGAAACGUCGCUGUCACAGUUAUUAAAGACAUGAGAAUAAAUUGUGACAGUGCCAGAGUGUCUUUUUCUGGAUUAGUACUGGAUUGGAUUUUAUCUUAGCUAAUGCUGUGAUUUUAGCUUUUCCUUUGCAAACUUUAGCUCAUGGAAAUGUGGUAUUCCACAGGGUUCAACUGUAGGACCACUACAGUUUAACAGAAGUGUGUUACUGAAACUAUCCCGAUGAUACUCAACUGUAUACUUCAAUGUAACUUGAUUAUUUAAGCCCUGCUGACACACUUUCAGAAUAUAUACAGGAUGUUAUUAACUUUCUACGUUCAAACUUUUAGAACUAAAUUUUAUGACUUUCCAGAGCUGGAGUUGUAAGUUACAGCUGGUAUUCCUGUUUAGCCUUUUCAGUGGUCUACUUCCUGUUCUAGUUAUUAUUUUACCAGAUUUUUGCUUUUUUAAUGAAUUUUAUGUUUUAUAUGUAUGUUUUAUUUUAUU